AUGUACGUAGAAUCCUCUAUUCGCUCGCGCCCCACAUUCUCCGGGCUCGGACCGUCAGGACGCAAAUACACGCCCAGCGUCCAAGAUUACUUUACUUAUGGCAGCUCAUGGCCCUCAUCCGGCCACGCCCACAGGCACCCCACGAGCACCGAAGCCCUCGCGCGGUUCUCGCAUCUAUAUAUCUAUAUUAAACCUUGGGAAGCUGGCCAGGGCCGGCAUGAAUCGAUACAUGAACACGAAGCUCUACGAAGCUCCCAAAGGAAUCGCGCAACCGGCUUGUUCGCUGCGCCAUCAGACGCGUUCGUGUUCCACCGCCGCGCCGCCGUACAGGCUCGCAGCAUCCCAAAUUCCCACCUUGGAACACAGCCCAUCGUAUCGCGCCGCGCGCGCUCCCCAUCCGCAUCUGUCCCGCCGAACCGUCCCCCGUUCGUACGUGGGGCCGCAGAGGGACGACGAGACGAGCACGCCGCUUGCCCCGAAUUUCUUGCCGUCUUGCCGUCUCUCGCACUCUCUCCCGCAUCUAUAUCUGUACCGAACCUCGAGAACCCAGCCACGGCCAGCAUGUCAAUCGGCCAGCCUGAAUCGACACAGUCCACGAACGCAACGCCCCACGAAAGCUCCCAAAGGGAUCGCGCAACCGGCUUAUUCGCUGCGCCAUCAGACGCGUUCGUGUUCCACCGCCGCGCCGCCGUACAGGUUCGCAGCAUCCCAAAUUCCCACCUUGGAACACAGCCCAUCGCAUCGCGCCAGGGACGACGACACGAGCACGCCGCCGGCCCCGAAUUUCAAGCCGUCUCGCCGUCUCUCGCAUCUCUCCCGCAUCUAUAUCUGUACCGAACCUCGAGAACCCAGCCACGGCCAGCAUGUCAAUCGCCCAGCCUGAAUCGACACAGCCCACGAACGCGCAACUUGCUUGUCCGCGCUCGUGCUCCACCGCCGCGCCGCGCCGCGCACACGGCGCCGCACAGGCUCGCAGCACGCCCAAUUCCCACCCCGACCGCGGCCCAUCGCAUCGCGCCGCGCGCGCUCCCCAUCCGCGUCGAGCCCCGCUGCCUCGACCGUCCACCGUUCGUUCGUGGUGCAGCGAAGAGGCCGCGCACGACGCCGGGCCGCACCUCCAAAGCUCCAAGCCGUGCCGUCUCGCGUUCUCUCCCUCGAGCGCCAAGUCCCGCCUCGUCUCCCCAUCGCGCGAUCACGAACCAAACCACACCCUACCCGUUCGACCUCUCAAUAAGCUAG